AUGUGGGGGGAGGUCAACCUCGACGCCCUCCAUGUUGCAGCGUCUGAGAAGAUUCGCAAACAUCGCGCUGCAUAUGCUAUGACUACUCCUCCUCGAGCGUUCAUCCCUCUUGCCAUCUCGACGGACGGUACCCUGCAUCCUGACACCCUCCGCUUCAUCGGGUAUCUCGCGGACAUCAUUGCUCAGCGCUCGAUGCCUCUUGAGGAUGCGGCGUUUGGUCGGCACUUCGUGCCUGAUGACGGCCCUGCUGCUGAGGUCCUGGCUCGCAAACGCGCCGCCACCUAUCAGCGCCUCACUAUGCAGCUGACGCUGGAGGCGCUCUUGUCUGGUGCGAGGCGCAUGACGCCCUUGCGGGCGCAAGCACUUCUCGAGCCAGAGGACAGCUCCUCCUCGGACUUUGUCGAGUCGCCCGAGGGGGCGCUCUUGUCUGGUGCGAGGCGCAUGACGCCCUUGCGGGCGCAAGCACUUCUCGAGCCAGAGGACAGCUCCUCCUCGGACUUUGUCGAGUCGCCCGAGGAGUCUUCGCCGGAGGUCUCCGACUCCGAUGGGGGAAACCCUUCGAGUGGCCCCGACGAUCGGCGCGGAGCUGGCGAGGCGUCUCCGUCCCUCACUGUUACGUCGGGUGCCUCCGGAGAGCUCGACACCACUGGGGUGCUUGCUGCCCCAGGCGGACCCCCGGGCAGCUCCGGCUCCUUGUCGGCGGCUGCCCUUUCUCCGUCCGCGGCCGCCCGCUUUGUGGCGGCAGCGGACGUCUCGACUGACAGUGGUCAGUCGGCUGCCUCCGGGUAUCGCGUCUAA